CUUACAGGAAACUCAAAAAAACACAUAACUGCUCUGAAGAAAGCAGUGGAUAUGAACUGCAGUGGAGAGCCUUCUCUAUACAAUUCUCUAAAUUUGGCCAUGCAGACUUUAAAGCACAUGCCAGGACAUACAAGCAGAGAGGUUUUGGUAGUAUUCAGCAGUCUGACGACUUGUGAUCCAGCCAACAUCUAUGAUCUCAUUAAGUGUUUAAAAGCAGUUAAGAUCAGAGUUUCUGUCAUCGGCCUGAGUGCUGAAGUUCGAGUUUGUACAGUACUUGCCCAAGAAACUGGUGGAACAUACCAUGUUAUUUUAGAUGAAAGCCAUUAUAAAGAACUGCUGAUGUUUUCAGUUACCCCCCCCCCUGCCGGUUCAAGUUCUGAGUGCUCCCUCAUUCGAAUGGGUUUUCCUCAGCAUACAAUUGCCUAUCUAUCUGACCAAGAUGCAAAGCCUUCCUUUAGCAUGGUGCAAUUGGAAAACAACAGUGAGCCUGGUCUCACACUGGGUGGAUAUUUUUGUCCCCAGUGCAGAGCCAAAUACUGUGAGCUUCCUGUGGAAUGCAAAAUCUGUG